UCGCUCUUCCCUCACUCCAGCGUCUUCGCGCUUGCCUGGCCACCUGCCUGCUUGCCUGGCGGCCGUCUGAGCGGCGGGGUCGCGGGGCGGCGCCGGACCAGGCCGGGCCGCUGCGGCCCGCGAUGCGGCGCCUGGGCUCGGUGCAGAGGAAGGUGCCCUGCGUGUUUGUGACAGAGGUGAAGGACGAGCCGUCGGUCAAGAGAGAGCACCAGCCAUUUAAAGUUUUGGCUACAGAAACUAUAAAUUACAAAGCAUUAGAUGCAGAUAUAUACAAUGCGAUUCCGACUGAAAAAGUAGAUGGAACUUGUUGUUAUGUCACCACCUACAAAGGUCAGCCAUACCUUUGGGCUCGAUUAGAUAGAAAACCAACCAAGCAAGCAGAGAAAAGGUUUAAAAGAUUCCUGUAUUCAAAGGAAAACUCAAAAGAGUUUAUUUGGAAUGUUGAAGAAGACUUCAAAUCUGUUCCAGAGUGUUGGAUUCCAGCAAAGGAUAUAGAACAGUUAAAUGGAAAUCCAGUGCCUGAUGAAAAUGGGCAUAUACCGGGUUGGGUGCCAGUGGAAAAAAAUAACAAACAGUAUUGCUGGCAUUCUUCUGUGGUCAAUUAUGAGUUUGAACUUGCCCUCGUAUUGAAUCACCAUGCUGAUGACCCUGGACUUUUGGAAAUCAGUGCAGUGCCAUUAUCAGAUCUCUUGGAACAAACACUGGAGCUUAUAGGAACAAACAUUAAUGGAAAUCCUUAUGGGUUAGGAAGCAAAAAGCAUCCAGUACAUCUUCUUGUACCGCAUGGAGCAUUUCAAAUAAAAAACCAACCUACACUGAAGCAUAAUGACCUUUUAUCUUGGUUUGAGGGUUGCAGAGAAGGAAAAAUUGAAGGAAUAGUUUGGCACUGCAAUGAUGGCUGUUUAAUCAAGGUUCAUCGUCAUCAUCUUGGUUUACGGUGGCCCAUUCCAGAUACUUACAUGAAUUCACAACCAGUUAUCAUCAAUAUGAACAGGACCAAAUAUGACUGUGCUCUUGAUUCCAAGUGCUUGUUUAAUCAUUUUUCAAAGCUAGAUAAUCAAAAAUUUGGCAGACUCAAAGAUAUAAAACUGGAUGUAUGAAUUUGAAGUGAAAAGGCAAUUGAAAAUCAGUUGUAUUAUCUUUAUUACUUUUAAAUUUGGGGUAUUUUUCUGGCUGAAAAGUGAAAUAUCUCAAGAGCACAUUUGACAUGAAUGAAUUACCUGCCCUUUAGUUUUCAGUGAAAUAUAAUCAGUUCUUUCAACUGCACACAUUUCAAAGUUAAUUAGGGACAAAUUUUUUUUUUAAACUUUUAGUCUUGAAGUAUAAAUCCUGAGGCUUUUGAAAAGAAGAAAUUAUCUACUGAAAACUUAAUCGGUGCGUAUGUAUAUGGAGGGUUUAUAAAGAAAAGUUUUGUAUUUUUUUUCCCUUUUUAAACAAAAAUUACAUUAGACCAACAAUUUUUGUAUCAUUUAUUUGCAAAGUUAGGCCGUGAAUGUUGAAUAUCCUCAUGACCUUUUCUGUAGUAGAACACUACUUGAGAAUCAAGUAGAAAAGCUAACCAAUCUAUUUUAAGCAGCACCACAGUAUUUAUUAAAAAAAAAAUUAACUUUCAAUUGUUUGGCUCUCAUAAGUUGCCUACAAACCUCCUUUAUAGGGCUCAGUUCAGCAUUUAAUGUAUUAUAAUUCCAAGAAUAUUAUGAUGGUUUUGGAAAUUCAUCAUAAGAAACUGACAACCUCUAAUCCAGAAGUCCACAUCUCUGUUAAAUAAAAAAUAUAUCUGUUUUCCUAAUAAGUUAAAUAUAAUGCCAUAUAAAUAUAAACUUUAUUCAGUAAAUUCCAUUGCUUGGAAUUAUACAAGAAAAUAAAUAAACUCUUUAGUUCAGAAGGUGUCAUUUGAUUACUAAUUACAACUUCUUCUAUAAAACAGAAAAUAGUUGAUUAAAGUUGGGGUUGGAAAUAGCCCUUAGGAGAUUGG